AUGGAGAACUCUGUCAACCACCCUCAAAGUCCAGAGUCAUCUGGGAAUAUCAGAGAUGUCCUUGAGGAGUUUUUACCAUCGGAUAUAAAGAAUUCACAUGACCCUCGCUGGCCCGAGAAGAUGCUCAUGACCUGCUCGCCACACUGCUCCUCUUUCCCGUCAGACACAGGAUAUGCAUGUCAGCAGAGGGAACAGCACGCUGAGACAUUCGGAGCUCUGCAAAGACCAACAGAUGUUGCGCCAAUCAUCUCUUACACAAGUGCAUGCACUUUACCUGGCUGCCCCACACCAGGGAGACUCCUGCCCUCCUCACAGCCAUCCGCCGUUGCCAAGGUUUCCGUGUACGCGCUGCCGGGGAGCGGAGCCGCGCGGGUGUCAUACAUUAGUGCCAGACAUGGCGGCGGAGCUACAGCCCGAGUGGAUUUCGGCUCUCCCGUCUUCCUGGAGUUAUGGGGUCACUCGGGACGGACGCGUCUUCUUCGUCAACGAAGAAGCCAAGAGUACAACCUGGCUGCAUCCAGUGAGCGGCGAGGCGGUCAUAACCGGGCACAGAAAAACUCCAGGUAA